UUUCCAUUUCCAACCAGUUGGGUACCUAUUUCUGCGAGCGCUCAACUGCAAUAUUCUAAUGAACGGAAGUGAGGAUACUGAAUUUUGCAAAACAUGUUCUUCGAGCAAGAACAGUGAUGAUGAGGAAGAGGCUGAGGAUACUGUUAAUGAAAUUGGCAAGCUGCAGAACGGUGGAAACUCGAACAAUAGCACAGUCGAGAGUGAAAAGAAGGAAGCUUCUGGAUCUGUAAGACAAUACGUACGUUCUAAGAUGCCGAGACUCCGGUGGACUCCUGAUCUCCAUCUUUGCUUCGUUCACGCAGUUGAAACUCUAGGAGGUUCAGAGAAAGCAACACCAAAGUUGGUACUUCAAUUAAUGAAAACCAAGGGUCUUAGCAUCGCUCAUGUGAAAAGCCAUCUACAGAUGUAUAGGAGCAAGAAGAUGGACUCCAGCAAUCGAGUUGCGACAGAGCAAGGGCUUUUCAUGAUGGAAAGCGGAGAUCACCAUAUCUACAACGUUAGCCGACUUCCCAUGUUACAAAGUUUCAAUAGUCAAAGCCCUGUGAUUUCUUCUGGCAAUUUAAGAUAUGAUGCUUCCUUGAGACGGCACGACAAUCAGGCACAGUACUGGAAAUGGACUCUUGGUCGCGCUAGUAAUGUUGGACUCUUUGGUUCGGUCGACACUCGCAGAUCAAUAAUUGGAAGCAACGAUAAGUACAAUUCAGAAGAGUGUAAUUUACAGGUUCGCGAUUCUUCUUUCAACGGAAAAGCUACUUGGUGGACAAGGCAUCAAUCUCUGGACGAGUUCCAGCCAUUACAGGGAACAAGGCAAAUCCGACUAAAGCAAACCUCGGUGGAAUCAAACCUCAUAAUUCAAUUUCAAGAGAGGUGUACAUACCAAGCCAAUUACUUGCACAAUGCUGAACUUCCCGGCCAUAAAGACCGGAGAAAUUUUGAAGAAGCGCAAAACAGCUGGAAAAGGAAGGCUUUGGAUUCAAACUUCGGCCUAGAUUUGAAUUUGGCUCUUAAGGCAUCACCAAGCAACGAUGAAUUUGAAAACAUGAGUACUUUGGAUGGCGAUGAGGACGUUGCUAGUAGUUUGUCUCUUUCACUGUCUUCAUCACCACCCUCAAAGCAGUUUGGCAGGUUGAAGGAUGGAGAUAUUGGUCGUAGGAAACUUCAUUCGAGGGGUACGAGUACUCUGGAUCUGACUUUAUGAAUGAGACAAUUCUGAGUGAGAUCUUGAGGUACUUGUCCCAUAGCAAAUGUAUUAUAUCAUUCUCAUGAACCAGCAUACAAGGUAAUGGUCAUCACUCGUUCCUCUUUUGUUGUUUCCAUUGCUUGUACUACGCAUGAUACG